ACUCCACCCUAAUUCCUGCCCAACCGCGAACCUCCCUCCCUAAAUCUCAAUCGCCUUCUCUCACAAUGGGCAAAGACAAGUCAGAGAAGAAGGACCGGAAAGAGAAGAAGGAGAAGCUCACCGAAGUCAACGGCGUGAGCAAGAAGUCGAAAAAGGACAAGAAGGAAAAGAAAGAGAAGCGCAAGAGCGACGUGACUGAGCUGCUUGAGGCGGGGCUGGAUUCGGAGACGUCGCCCGCGCCUGUGGAGACUGUGAUCAGGACUAAGGCGAAGGCGAAGGUGGAUGAGGAUGGUGAUGAGGAUAUGAGCGAUGCGGAAGCACCUGUAGCACCUGCGACGAUAGUGGGCGCGGUCGUGCCGUUCGCGAACCCGCUUGCCGACGACAAGCAGACGAAGAAGGUGUUGAAGAGCGUAAAGAAGGCGGCCAAACACAAGACUCUCAAGCGUGGCGUCAAAGAAGUCGUCAAAGCCCUCCGAAAGUCCGAAGCUGAGGCUAUCACGUCCGUCAAUUCCAAGAACCCCGCCGGCGUUGUCAUCAUCGCGGCUGAUAUCUCGCCUAUGGAUGUGAUUUCGCAUCUCCCUGUACUCUGUGAGGACCACAACAUCCCGUAUAUAUACGUCACAUCGCGCGCGGAGCUAGGUGCUGCGGGCGCUACGAAGCGGCCGACGAGUGUGGUCAUGGUGUCGAAGGACCGGCUACCGGGUAAGAAGGGCGCGGGGACGGAUGCAGAUGAGAAGAAGGAGUAUGCAGAGGUAUAUGGAGGGCUAGUGAAGUUGGUGCUGAAGGCAUCGGAGGGCGUGAAGAAGUGAGCAGAGAAGAGGAGAAUUUCUUUCUUGUGGGAUCAUGUCAAAAGGGAGUCGGCGUUUGGUGUCACAGGUACGUAGGUUCACUGUCUGGCUGUGAUGAUUUCUGAGCCUGGCUAGUGAGGACAGGACUGUCUUACAAAUGUUGGCUAGAAUUUCGAACGCCUUGUUUUGGCAUAAGAAAGCUACGAAGGCUCUCUGACUUGGUAGAACAUCCAACUCGAAAAGCGUUUGACCUCAUUCUCUACUGCUAUUGUGCUUUCCAUCAUCUACUGAUAACAAAAACACCAUCUUCAUUCGCUCAUAUAGUUUGGCGCAGUCGAAUUUUCUUCACUCUCACGGGAAGAAACAC